AUGAGCGUUCUUUCAGAUUCAGAGGACCCUCAGAGUGUCACAAAGGACUUACUCAAUGGCAUUGCUCGCCAGCGGAGGCCCAUCAUCGCUGUCGAUCUAGACGAUGUUCUUUGCCAGACCUGCGUCUGUGCCGCAGAAUGGCAUAAUAGACGGUACGGGGGUAGCAUGACCAUCAAUCAAUUUUAUUACUCGAUGUGGUAUAAGAAUCCUGGCUGGGGUACUGUCCCUGAGACCUUAAAAAAGGUCAAAGAAUUCUACGACACAGAUCAGCUAGGAAGCGCUCGUCCUGUGCCGGGUGCCACUGAAGGUCUAAGGGCCUUGGAGGAUCUAGGCUAUGAUCCCGUUAUUGUGACAGCCCGUGUUCUGGAUCAGGAACAUGCUAGUACCGCUCGGUGGCUAGAGACACACUUCAAGGGCGUCUUCGAACACGUUAUAUUCUCCUCCCAACCUGAAGAGAAGACAGAAAAGGAUGGACUCUACAUAGGAACGUCGCUGAAGAAGCUCGAGGUCUGCGAGGCGCUUGGAGCGCAGAUCCUCAUAGACGAUCUCAUGGAGACAGCACUAGCUUUCGGAAGAGAAGGCAAUCGACAAGCAUUACUAUUUGGAGACUAUGAGUGGAACAAGCGGGUCAACUCUGCGGAGCAGUGGGCUUUCGAAGAGAAGAACAAUGCUGAGGGGAGGCAAGAAUGGUGGAAGGAUGACGAUACGGCGCUGAGAGACGAUGACCGGAUUCAGAGGGUUCGAGACUGGGACGAAGUUAUCACUUGUGUCAAGAAUUUCAAAAGCCACGAUUCGUGA